CCUUCUCCCACGGCUUCGGGGACCCAGCAACAGCUAUGGCUCCGGUGUCUGGCUCCCGCAGCCCGGAGUGGGAGGCCUCGGGCUCCGGGGGGAAGUGUCGCAGUUCGUCAAAGAGCCCUAAGCCCAGCAAAUCCUCUCGCUCCCCGCGGGGCCACCGCUCUCGCUCGCACUCUUGCUGUCGGUCCGGGGACCGGAAUGGCCUUAGCCAUCAACUGAGUGGCCCCAGCCAAGGCUCCCGAAACCAGUCCUACCGCUCCCGCUCGCGGUCACGCUCUCGAGAGCGGCCCUCGGCGCCACGGGGCGCCCCUUUCGCUUCUACCUCCUCAUCCGCCUAUUAUGGCGGCUACUCACGCCCCUACGGGAGCGACAAGCCAUGGCCUAGCCUCCUGGACAAGGAGAGGGAAGAGAGCCUGCGGCAGAAGAGAUUAAGUGAGAGAGAGAGGAUUGGAGAAUUGGGAGCUCCUGAAGUAUGGGGACUUUCUCCAAAGAAUCCAGAACCAGACUCUGAUGAACAUACACCAGUAGAGGACGAAGAGCCAAAGAAAAGCACCACUUCAGCUUCUACUUCAGAAGAAGAAAAGAAGAAGAAGAAGAAGAAGAAGUCUAGUCAUUUAAAAGAAAGAUCCAAGAAAAGGAGGAAGAAAAAAUCGUCUAAAAGAAAACACAAGAAGUAUUCUGAUGAUAGUGACAGUGACUCUGAUUCUGAAACAGACUUCAGUGAUGAAGAUACAAAAAGGAGAGCAAAGAAAGCCAAGAAAAAGGAAAAGAAGAAGAAAUGCAGAUUGAAGAAAUAUAAGAAAAAGAAGUCUAAGAAGAGCAGAAAAUAUUCCAGUGAUUCAAGUUCUAAAGGGUCCCAAGAAGAGUUUCUGGAGAAUCCCUGGAAGGAUUGAUCAAAGCCUGAAGAACCCUCAGAUUUGAUUGGCCCAGAGGCUCCCAAAACACUUGCCUCUCAAGAUGAUAAACCUUUGAACUAUGGCCAUGCUCUGUUACCUGGUGAAGGGGCAGCUAUGGCUGAAUAUGUAAAAGCUGGAAAACGUAUCCCACGAAGAGGUGAAAUUGGCUUGACAAGUGAAGAAAUUGCAUCAUUUGAAUGCUCGGGUUACGUAAUGAGUGGUAGCAGGCAUCGCCGAAUGGAGGCUGUGCGACUGCGAAAAGAGAACCAGAUCUAUAGCGCUGAUGAGAAGAGAGCCCUUGCAUCCUUUAACCUAGAAGAGAGAAGAAAGAGAGAAAACAAGAUUCUGGCCAGUUUUCGAGAGAUGGUAUACAGAAAAACUAAAGGGAAAGAGGACAAAUAAGGAUUUUCUGAUUGUUCAUCAGACAUUUUUAACAACA